UAAUUUCUCGUGAAAAUUAUAUAUGGCAAUGAUGUUUUUUUUUUUCUUUUUUUCAAAUGUUAUAUAGAAACAGUUACUCGAUUCUCAGAAUAAUUCUCAUUUCUAUUUUCAUCGAUGAAAACCGCACCUGAAUGAACGAACGCAAAACUCAUGGAUAAAUGUAGAUAUCGAUGCAUAUGGGGGGCCUUUCAUCCCCUCUUUUCUCUUCCGCACCUUUCUAUUUCCUUCCGGUUCCAUGCGGCUGGUCGCGCAUGAGGGCACGCAACGUGAGUAUGCUAACAGAUGCCAGAGUUUGUAUGGCACUGUACAUCUAUCGAGCUCGUGCGAGCGUUUCAGUAUUUGAGCACGCGCGAGUAAGUGAACUUCGUAAUCGAAUCGUACCAAAGAGCAGAUAUUAUAACGCGUCAUCCCUUUACGAUGUCAUAAUUUUCGUUAUUAUUUUUGUUUUUUUUUUUUUUUCAAGUGAACAACGUGAAACUUUAACAUGUUGAUUAUAUAUUAACAACAAUAAUAAAAUUAAAUUAUAUUAAAAUACAUUAUAACAUUGCUUAAUAUUCUUAUUGUUAUUAUGGAAAAUAAAAAGCUAGCAUUGUCACGAGCUUUCGUAUGCUGCACGAAUAUUAUUUUUUUGAUAUCUGGUUUUAUUCUAAUGUCAUUGGGAGCAUUAUUAUUAGCUGACAAUGAAAGAAUUUUACUAUCACGCUUAUUAGGACUCAGUGAUGUUCUACCUGAUCAACCACUAUUCUAUUACUUAGCUUUUGCCAUCUCUGCUUUAGGAUUUUUCAUAGCGGUAACUGGUCUUUUUGGAUGCUGGGCAGCAUGUCUUUUCAAUCAAUGUAUUACGAUAUCGUAUAUAGUGACGAUUAUGUUAUUACUACUUAGCGAAUGUACCGUAUUCAUUGUCGCUAUAUUCUGGCCUUACUUAUUGGGAAUCGAUGUUAGACCGGCCCGAUUGAUAAGGGCAUUACAACGUAGUUACGCAGUUCCAGGACGAGAACAAUUCACAGCAGCUCUUGACUUAGCACAAACCACGUUUUCCUGUUGUGGCAUAAACGGAAGCAACAAUUACGGUACUUCAUGGUGGAGGCUGCAGGAAGUUGGUCGAAGAGAAUUGGUAGUACCUCUCAGUUGCUGCACCCUGAAUAACGCCAAUGAGACGGACUCCUUCCUUAACCCUGAACCUGCCAAUCUCACUCUCUGUCAAGCUUUAAAUCCCGCCGAACAUCAGUAUGCCCGGCACACGACGGGAUGUCUGGAAAUGAUCGAAAAAUGGACGCAAGAGCAAGCGUUAAUCUUACUCGCCAUCGGUCUGUCGAUUAUCUUCGUCGAGGUUAGCGUCCUCUUAAGUACUUUCUUCGCAUGCUCGAAGAAUAACAAGAGAAAGAAAUCGCAAACCUCGACGUUUACUUCUACGCAAACCCUGAGUCCCUUCAAUGAGAACGAUCAUGAUUUUGGAUUAGGAAUAGAAAAUAGAAUGCAUAUGUCCGGUACAACGUUCGGAGCGAAAUCAUGAAGAUGGUCGGGGGGCAGCGAGAAUUUAGAUGAAAAAAAAGUGAUCGAGCACGAAUACGAUAAACCAACGAGACAAAAUGGA